UAUGGCUGGGGGUCUAUGGCCGGGUCCACCCGCGGGGGGGGGAUGUCGCGGUUGUCUCACCAGAGCGGGAGUGUGUACGGCGGUGCGGGGGGCCACGGUACUCGCGUAUCCACUUCCGUGGGCAAGCUGAGCUCCGCGGGUGGUGGUGGUGGCGGCUUCAGCUUCGGCGCCCUGGGUGGAGGUGGAGGUGGAGGUGGAGGAGGAGGCGCUGCCUUCUCCCUGGAGUCCGCACUCGAAGGAUCUUCCUUGCCCAUGAAUGAGAAGCAGGCCAUGCAGGGCCUGAACGACCGCCUGGCCCGCUACCUGGAGCGUGUGCGCACCCUGGAGGCUGCCAACGCCAAGCUGGAGGAACAGAUCCGAUCUUGGGGACUCUCCCGCACCAAGGUCACCACUCAGGACAUGAGCGCCCAGCGCCUCGUUAUCAGAGACCUCCGUAGUCAGAUUCUGGCUGCUGCUGCUGUAAACCUUGAAAUAAAUCUUCAGAUUGACAACGUCAAACUGGCUGCAGAUGACUUCAAAAUCAAGUACGAGAAUGAGCUGAGUAUCCGACAAUGCGUGGAGGCUGAUAUCGUUGGACUUAAGAAAAUGAUGAGUGAGCUGACCUUGGGAAAACGUGAUGUGGAGCUACAGUUAGAGGGGGUGAAGGAAGAAAUUGCUUAUCUGACUAAAAAUCACGAAGAGGAGACCAUGUCCUUCCAAGUCCAACUGGGCGGACAAGUGCAAGUGGAGGUGAAUGCUGCCCCUGCAGUGGAUCUCACCACGACCAUAGAUGAUAUCAGGGACCAGUAUGAAACCCUGGUGGCCAAGAACCACAGAGACAUCGAGGCCUGGUUCAAGAAUAAGUCAGAAGCAGUGCAACAGGAAAUACAGGUCACCACUGAAGUCCUCCAGACCAGCAAUGUGGAACUAAGGGACAGCCAGAGCAGCAUGCGCACCCUGGAGCUCGAGUUGCAGGCCUUACUCUCUAUGAAGGCAUCCCUGGAGGGAACCCUGGCGGAAACAGAGGCCCGACACGGCGCCCAGAUGUUCAGCCUGCAGGCCUCGGUGACAGGGCUGGAACAGCAGCUGGUGCAGCUGAAGGCCAACAUAGAAAACAACAGCUAUAAGUAUGAGGAGCUGCUACAGAUCAAGAUGCGGUUGGAAAUGGAGAUCGCAGAGUACAGGAGGCUUCUGGAGGGCGGGGACAUAGGGUAUACCUCUGAGAGCAGUGUUGUGGUGGAAAGCUCUGGCAUCGGGAUGUUAAACUCUGGGGUCGGGAUGUUAAACACUGGUGUCAGUAUGUCAAGCUCUGGUGUCAGUAUGUCAAGCUCUGCUGUCGGACUGGAUACAAAACUUGAACCCAUUGAAACAGCUGAAGAGGCCUCGUCCUCAGUAACAAUCACUAAGAAGGUGGUCACUGUGGUGGAGGAGCUGGUUGAUGGAGUGGUGGUAAGUUCCAGUUCCUCAACCAGCAACACCGUCAUCGCUGAUUCAGAUGCCCCAGGCCAAUGCAUCGUGGAGGGAGAAGAAGUGAGUAUCUCUCCAGUACCAGAGUAACC